AAGCAGGUUUUCGAAAUUCUGUAUUUGCACCUUUUUGACAUGUUCUGUAUUCUGUGCAUAAUGUGAUGCUUCAUCUGUUUCUAAUUGGAUUCAAACACUCCAAAAAUGUGGAUGAAGUUUCGUUGGAAUAAGUGUUACCUUCUCAGAAACUGUAUUUUCAAUUAUUUUGUAUUGGUUUUGAUGCUACAAUUUCGCUGCCAAAUGGGCUCGGGAGUUGCCACUUUUUCUUCUAAGUAUUCUGAUGAAAAUUCUGUUCCUUUUGCAUUUACUUCACCACUUUAUGAAACAGUGUUAAUUAAUGAUGGAAGUUUGCACCGAUAUAUUAUUCCCACCAGUCAUCAUAUGGGUGUUUCCGAACCAUUCAGUGGGAACCCAUCUGGUGAUGUCGUAUUUAACAUCAUGGAUUUUGAUGCUCACAGUUCUUUUCGAGCUGCUUGCAAGAAACUCGGAAAAUUUUUCUUUUUGCAUCUUUAUGCUUCAUCUGAUAGUCCAGCUAUCAAGAAGAAACCAAAUUAUCGAUUCAAAGUUGAGGCAGUGUUCACUUCGCACAACCAUUCAUCAGUUACUCCAAUCCGAUUAAGCAAUACUACCGAAAUCAUCGUAAACGUCAUAGCUGUUCAUGAAAAUUGUCCUAUCUUCACCAGAAGUUUCCAUCAUUUCGAUGUUCCUGAAAACAUAAGCGUCCAACAGUCUGUAGGAAAGUUGUCUGCAAGUAGUUCAGGUUCCAGCGUAAGUGCACAGAAUUUGUUUUAUAUGGAUCCAUUCGAACUCGAUAUACCUUUUCGGGUUGACUUGUAUUCAGGUGAUAUAUUCCCCACUCGUCCUUUGAACAGUCAAUACGCAAAGAUUGGUUAUCCAGAAUUUAUUCACGGAAAAUCGGAAAUCGAAAAUUUUGGGCUUUUAAAUUAUACUUUCAAUGUUUCUGUUGUGAGUCGUGGCGGCAGUGAUCGUAUACGCUGUAAUAUGGUUAUUGCUACAAGAGUUGAAAUAUCGAUCACUAAGUUCCGGCAUUCAGAUUUAUCAAUAAAGGUUGAACAUCUUGAAGAAAUUACCAUGCCGGGUGCGGCCGGUGUAGCUUAUGCUCGUGUUCACGUUGUUGGCUCACCGUCUUCUGUUGGCUCAGCAAUUGGACUCAGGAUUUCAGAACCAGAUAUGAGAGAAAAGUUUGAACUAGUGUCAACAAGUAAGAAAAAUGAAUGGGUAAUUCAGGCUAAGUAUGAUAUACACUCUAUUUCACUAAAUUCGUGGAUGAUGAUAACGUUGGAAGCAUACGAGGUCCCCAAGUUUGUUACCAAAUGGGAUGAAAAUCUGAAUGUUUUCACAGGCCGUUUGUCUCGUCUAAAUGUUAAUAUUCCUUUGGUUUUCAAGUCUAAAUAUAAAUUAUCUUUGCCCUCAGAAAUAAGAAUUCGUUUAUCAGAGGCUGCCAUUGUGAAUUCAACUAUAGAGGUUCUAAGGCCAUCAGCGAUUUUUAAUAUGACCAAUGCAAGCUUUGUGUUUACAGAUCUUCGUAGUCAAAAUCAAAAAUCGGAAUCCAAAGAAAAGAUAAGGUUGACAAAAAGUGGUUCUCUUGUGGUUGUGCAGCCACUUGAUUUAGAGAAUGAUAUUUCUGUCCAAAAAUCACCUCAGGCUCAUGUCAAUAACGUAAUUACCAUUCCUUUUACUGUUGUGGAUGGCAAUAAUUUGUUAUUAAGCAGUGCACCAGAGUCACGUAUCAUUGUUGAGGUUUUCGAUAUAAAUGAUUUAGAUCCUGUUGUGCAAAACAAUGGUUCUGUAUUUGAAAUACCUGAAAAUGUCUCUUUGAAUUCGCAUGUACUUUCAGUUAUCGGAUACGAUCCUGAUGUGUCACAUACAGAUCUUUCUUAUGUCCUAUAUGAUGCUGACAUCUUACCAUUUACAUUAAUUGGUCCUCGUAAUGAUAAGCUAGUAGUGUCGAAGCCUCUCGACGCAGAAACUAUGCCAACAGAAUUCAUCGUCCGCGUACUUGUGUCAGAUUCUGGGAUUCCACUCCCUCGUAGCGUUUUAGCCGUUUACAUCAUUCGAAUCCUGGAUAUUAACGAACACCCUCCAGUCUUUGUGGAAGAUUCUUGUGAAAUUUCACUUCCAGUCACAGAUGAGGGCUCCAUUUUCUCCAAAGCAGCACCAUCGUCACCGAGCCUUAAUAUAGGUCGGUAUUUCGCUGAGGACUUGGAUCGAGAUGGUCAGAGUUCUGUUACAAUCCACAUAGCAGCUAGCAGUUUUCCAAGACCAUGUUUCAAAAUUGAGGAACAAACAGGUGAUCUAAAUGUUGUUUGUUCUUAUUUAGGUUCUCCAGGAGCUCAAAUUAUACUUAAUUUAUUGGCUUCAGAUGGUACAAAAGUUUCCAAAGAAUCAUGUACAUUGUCAUUAAAUCUAGUUCGUUUUCAAGAAAUAGCUGGUACUAAUUUCACAAGGCGUUGCAAGUCAUCUCAUGUUUAUGAUAAAUUACAAGCACUGAAAAUACAAAAAAAGAGGUAUGAAUUUCUACUUAGUCAAAAUACCGUUUACGAGCUGCAGUCGAAUCGCCAUCGACCACAAUUCCCGACGGACUUACCUACUCGUAUACAUAUUCCUGAAAAUCUUCCUAUAGGUACAGUUGUACUGAGGUUUGCGGCUUCAGAUGAAGAUGGUCCAGACUAUUCAAUGUCUGGGCAGAUCAUCUAUGGAUUAGAAGCUUUGAGGUCAGUGUCCUCCGAAACCGAAGCAGCAACAUAUAUUACAGACGUAGAUAUCAAACAAGCUUUCAUACUUUUGCCGAAUUCGGGGUUAUAUAGGGAAUUCGUUAACAACACAACAUUCUGCUGUGGUGUUUCGCUGGUAGUGGCUGCCUCCUUAGAUCGGGAAGUAAUUUCCAGUUAUAGUUUGAUUUUACGUGCAUGUGACCUUGGUCAACCGCAGUUAUGUACUUUUUCUCCACUGCAUAUCUUCCUUGAUGAUUUAGACGAUAAUGCCCCUGAAUUUUUAAAUCCAUCUGUCCAACAAAGUAGUAAUAUGAUCCAUAUCUCUACGAAUCCUUCAAUACCAACAUCUCCUAAUCAGGAUAGGGCUUCAGGUAUUAUUAACGUUCCCGAAGAUGCACAGCCUGACACAAUAUUGGGUCAAGUUCGAGCUGUCGAUCGUGAUGUUACGAGCGAAGUUCGUUAUUAUCUGUUAAAUUUUCAGGAUGUAUUUAAGAUACAUAGUCGAACAGGCAAAAUCCGUUUGAAAACAAAAUUGGAUAGGGAGACUCAAGCAGUAUAUGAACUAUUGGUGUCUGCAGUCGGCUAUCCUCGUGGAAACCAUCAACAGUCCCAGUUUAAAAUACCAUACUUUGAUUUUAUCCAGGUCUCUCAAGCGGUCGACUAUGAUGUUCGACGCUCCGCAAAUACGCGUAUCAAUAUAAUCGUAACUGAUGUCAAUGACAAUCCUCCAGUAUUUUACUCCCCUGGUCUACCUCAAGAACAUCAAUAUCUAUAUAACAAUUCAUCUGGAAUCACCGGUUUGAAUGCUUGGCUAGGGACUGAUGGAUAUGUUGUCUACGUGCCUGAAGAUAUCCCAGAAGGUGCUUAUAUAACUACGUUGAUGGCUACCGAUAGAGAUGAAGGUAUGAAUGCUUUGAUCAGAUAUAGUCUAUUCGGGAAGCAGGAGAGCAGUGCAAAUUGUUUUCAUACAGAUCAGAUGACUGGUGUUGUUCGUUUAGCUGCAGGAUGUGAUUUGCAUAGAAGUAGUCGUAGUCAUGUUCUUACAGCUUGGGCUAUGGAUCAUGGUGCAUCGCAGCUGUAUGCUAAUAUUUCAUUCAUUGUUCAUGUCUUGUCUGUCAAAUUGAAUAUUUUUCCACCUCGUUUUAUGGCACACCCAGCUCUGUUUAGUGGAUGGAUACGUGAGAACCAACCUUCUGGAAGUUUCGUUUUUUCAAAGCGUGAUCUUGCAUCUAAAUUGCAACUGAAAGCAAUUGAUGCAGAAGGUAGCAAUGUAAUUUUUGUUGUAGUUGGGGGAUCAGGAUUCGGUCUGUUUGGUGUGAACGAUAAUGGUUUCAUAUUCAAUACACGAGAAAUAGAUGCUGAGUCAGUACAAGAAGAUGGAGGAUUUUGGUUGGUAAUUUAUGGGCUUGGAUCGCAACAUCCAUCCACGUCCUCUUCAUUUGGUUCUGAGACCGUGGAAUCCUAUAUGGUUUCGUCUGAAUUAAAUGGACCAUUGUAUGCGAUUGCCGAGCUAUUUAUUGAAGUCGUUGACGAAAAUGAUCAUUUUCCUGUAUCUCCGAUUCCACAAUACCGCCAUCACUUGUUGGAAAAUUCACCUGCUAAUAUUGUAGUAGCUCAUAUUGUCGCUUCUGAUUCUGAUAAAAAUAAAAAUAACUUGACAUAUAUAAUAACAGCUGGUGAUCCUCAAGGUCACUUCAUGGUCGACUUAAAAACAGGUGUUUUGACAACAACAGAACGUUCAUUGGAUCGUGAAGCAGUUCUAAAAGAUACUGGAAGAGUCGAAUUGAAUCUUGUGGUUAGCGUAUCCGAUGCUCAGUCAAAUCCACGAUCAACUGAAGUUUCAGUUAAAGUCGAAUUAAUGGACGUAAACGAUAAUUCACCUCAGUUCGUUCAUACUGCUCCAAGUGAAUUUUCAAAAUAUAUUAUGGGUGCAGAGAUCCCUUUCUACUUUUUUCAGUAUUAUGCAACAAACGCUUCGAAUUCAGUGAUUUGUGUUGGACGUGUUUUCGCUUUAGAUUUGGAUGCUGGAUUAAAUGGGACAGUUGUUUAUGAACGUGAAUCUUUAACUAGUUUUCAGCUAAUAACAGACGGUGGUUUUAAUGUAAUAACAAAUAGUGGCUUGAUUUGUACCAAAAAUGGUCUACCACCAGUUGGGGAAUAUAGAAUUCAAGUAUAUGCUAAAGAUCAAGGUACUCCGAGUUUACGUUCAAAUAAAGAUCAAUCAGCGCUUGUCUCUAUUCGUAUACUUAAACCUCCGACUGCUGAUUUAUCAGAAAGAUUAGUUGAAGGUACUCAUUCAAUAAAAUAUACAUCCAUACCACCAAACACUUAUUCAAUAGAUACCAACUGUAUUAUUGGUCAGAAACUUUUCAGCUUUUCAGUUUAUGAUUCUUAUGAUCCCAGUGGAAUGGGACUAAUAUUUGAACUUUUAACAUCCAAUCAUUCCUAUCAUCAUCCAUUCGCAGUUGGCUAUUCUACACCAACCAAUUUAUUUGUCUAUUUAGCUGAACAUUUAGAAUAUCAUUUGUCACCCGUUCAUGAUUUAUUAUUGAUUGUUUCAAAUGGUUUAGAGAUGAUAACUACCAAGAUUGAAAUUACUGUGAAACCGACUAUUCGAUCAAGUCCGAAAUUUCUUCUACAUUCAAUCACUUCAGAAUCUGUAGGGAAUAUAAAUAUUACUAAUUUGUCGCAACCAGAGGAAAAUUCAUCUCUAACUGAUAAUUAUCAUCAACACAUAAUUAUUCAUGUAAAUAUAACAGAGUCUACACUAAUUGGAAGUCUUGUCUGUCGAUUGUAUGUGGAAGAGUCAGGUAUAGAUUUCAUGAACAAAAUACACUAUUCGAUAAUAUCUGUUGAACAUAGUCAGACAUGGGAUUUGUUUACUUUGAAUGAAAAUACUGGUGAACUACUUGUCAGCGGACUUUUGGAUUAUGAAAUGAUUCAGCAUCAUUACAUAUUGGCUGCAGUACGAUAUUCAGGAGUGUCAUUGUACUCAUCUCACGCAACCAUCUAUGUACAUAUAUUAGAUGCGAAUGAACAUGCUCCACAGUUUCUUGGUUUAUAUACACCUUCAAAUUUAAUCACUAAUAAUAUAAACGUAUUAGAUAGUGAUGCAAUGUCUCGUUUAGGAAGUUUCACUUUUUAUGUAUCAGGUGAUAGUCCUGUCGGUAGUUCAAUUGGUUGUGUCACAGCAUUUGAUCCAGAUUCUAGUGAUAAUGGACUAAUUGUAUACAACAUUGUUAAAGGUGAUACUUCUGAUUUCUUUGCUAUUGAACCCAAAACCGGAUGUAUAACUUUAGUGAAACAUCUACUUCCUAGUCAUUCUUACUCAAACACUGGGGAGUUAGUACCGGGACUUAACUCAAAACUGUUUGUACGAACACAUUAUCUAGUUGUAUCUGCAAGUGACAAUGGGACUCCCGUAUCAAAAUCUAAUUAUACACAAGUUAAAAUACACAUCGUUCCUGGCCCCGGCGGUAUUGAUGCACCAGCACCACGUUUUGCGUCCGAUGAUGUACUUUAUUUAACUGUUCAUGAAAAUGUUCCACCAAAUACAGUUUUGGCACCAUUAAUACGCCAAUUGACUUCGGAUUCUGCUAUACCUGGUUUUAUUGCAUUUCGAUUAGUCAUGGCCGAGCCAAUGAAUUUAUUGUAUGAGCAUCGUACAAAUUCAAAUGUUCCUAUAAAUUUGUUUGGAGUAAUUGUUGAUACUGGUUUGUUGGUCACAUUGGUUCAGUUAGACAGAGAAACACAUGGUGAUUUUCAUCGUCUUGUUGUGGAAGUCGUCGGCACUGGUGGUAUUCGCAAUAUGUUCUAUGAUCGUUUGAUAAUUCAAAUACGCAUUCUCGAUGUAAAUGAUAAUCCACCAAAAGUCAUUGGGCCAAGUCGUAUGACUGGUUGGAUUACUGAGAAUUCACCAGCUGGUACUAUGAUUGUUGGUCAUUGUUUAGAAGAUCAUUUGGUUGCUUGUGAUCCAAACUAUAUCAGUCCACUCACUAUAAAAGCCAUCGAUUAUGAUGUGGGUAUGAGUGCGAAGAUUGUAUAUAAGUUUGUCGGAUCACAAGUGGAAGAUCAGAAUCGUCAACCUUUCAUUGUGGACAGUUCAACUGGAGUACUACGUCUUGCUGAUCAUGCAUCGUUAGAUCGCGAAUCAAUAGGACAUUACAAUCUUAUGAUUGAGAUAUCAGAUAGUGGGACACCUAGUCUUACAGCUGACCGAUUAAUAAGAAUUUUUGUUGAAGUUACAGAUGUAAACGAUAGUCCUCCGAUUUUUACAGAUUCAUUUUACUUAAGAUCUACACUAUUUUUACCAACUUAUCCAACCGAAUCGGUUUUACAAUUAACGGCAGAAGAUCCAGAUUUGAAUGACUCUGUUCAUUAUUACCUUGUCGGUGGAGAUGGCGCUGAGCAUUUUACUCUUGAUGAAAAUGAUGGUAUUUUACGUGUAGCAUCGAAUUCUACUCUUUCAUUAACUAAUGUCUCGUAUUCACCAUUUUCAUUAAAUGAUCAAGUCUUUUUUCUACAUGUUGAAGCUUGGGAUAAUCAUAAACCAAUAGCUCACGUUAGUCGUUCAAAUGUUACAAUUUUUGUACGCUGUUCAACUUCUGUUCAAGAAUCUCAAACCUUAAUUAUAGAUCCUGUAGAUGGUUUGUAUGUGGAAGUUGAAGAACACUUUGCUGGUCCAGAUCUACUCAAACUAGGUCAAUUGUCCGUUCGUAACUCUCCGAUUGGCAGAAUCUAUAGGUUUAUCACGCUCGAUCCUCAUCCGGGCAUUUUUGUCCAUCCACUGACUGGUGGCGUUUUUGCUACCGGGAAACAAAAUUCCACCGAAUUAGAUCGUGAAUCAACUGCGAAUUUCACUAUGAAUAUUCUUGUACGUGAUGCUGAAAAUCGUAUUGGAACUGCUGUAAUACAUAUACAUUUAUUAGAUAUUAAUGAUUACCAACCGGAAUUUAUUGGUUUACCAUAUUAUGUCACGUUUUGUGUUGGUUCAAGCACUAGUUUCAAUGCAUUGAAUGAACAAUCAACCGAUCGAAGUAUAGAAGCUGAUCCUACUUGUAAAAGUUUGAAUAAUUUUAAAGUUACGGCUAUUGAUAAAGAUAAAGGUAUAAAUGGAACUGUGGUGUAUAGUCUUACCAAUAUUCGUCCUAGAGCUGAACCACCAUUAUUAUCCAUCAACUCUACAUCUGGACAUAUAUAUUUACUUCGAAGUCUUCCAUCUGAUUGGACUGGUAGACAAAUUGAAGCUGUUGUUGCAGCAAUCGAUGGAGGGGGUCUUUCGUCAACAGCUAUUGUUAAUAUUCAUUUGGUUGCCGAAAAUGGUCCACAAUUCUCAGCUAUACUUUAUUCUGCUACUGUCCUUGAAUCUGUACCUAUCGGUGAAACUGUCACUUCUGUUGAAGCAGUAGGCAUAAAUAAUGAUGCUAGUUUAAUUUAUCGUAUCGUAAGUGCUAAAUCUAUGAAACAAAUCCUUAUGUCAUCCAAUGAUUUAUUUCAUGAUUUCAAAGAAAAAGAUCCAUUAACACUAGAGGAUUGUCCAUUUGGACUUGAGUUUAAUACAGACAUGACUGUUAGCGCUUGCGGGAUAUUUCGCUUAUUCAUACCUAUUUACUCUUCUCCUUUUUUGGUUUUGCUUUUUCCUCUAUGUGCUUAUUUCCAUCCUUUUCCUCUUAUAUAUUAUUAUUAUUAUUAUUAAUUACUUUUGUUUUGAUACUUCCAAAGUAUAUUGUUUGUGUGCAGGCUAGGAUUGUUUGUAUUUGAUUUUUGCCUAAUACGUAUAGUGAAUGCAUAAUCAUUUACUGAUACAAACACGCACUCACACAUAAAUACCAUGUGCUUGCACACUAUUUUGUAUGCUUUUAUUUAUUCCUUUCACCGGUUUUUUCUUCAUUACCUGUAUACUUUUUAUAUUAGUUUAAUUUAGACACAUAUAAUGAAAAUUAUACCAUCCACAUAAGUAAUAAAAUCCCAUCAGGUUAACAAGCCAAUCGAUAUUUGAAUUCUUAAUAAACUAAUUCUUAUAUUUGUAUGACCGUCCAC